CUGGUGGGCCCGACCCCACCCCUCGCGGGCCUGCCAGUCGCUGCGCAGGACCUUCCCUCGGGCUGGGGCCGGACCCGCCCCGCCACUUACCCCUCCAGCCUGGUCCUCCGCGGCGGUCGCUUCGACCGCAGGAGCUGACCGGGGUUGUCUCCUCCGCAGGGCCGCGGCGAGAGGGUGAGAGUCCGCGCCUCCGAGGGAGCCGCCCCCGCCUCGGCCCGCGCCCUGCGGGGCCCCACCGCACCCGAGGGGAUGGAGAGCUGGCCCCGAGGCCCCAGCUCGGCCCGCGAUCCCACGCUGGCCGGCCCUCGCUAGCUGCUCGAAUCGUGCGUUUUACCCACCACCUUAGGCCUUGUCUCCUGAGUCUGUGGCGUUUGCGGUUUGAAAGAAAUGGAAGAAAAGGAGCGAUGUGACCAAUUCCGUUCUGUCCUCCUGCAUUGAGGCCUGGUUGGCAUUUGCAGAGAGGAAAAUACGGCAAGAAAAUUGUGGGGUUUGUUUUGUUUUGUUUUGUUUUUUAAAGGCGAGAGCGGGAGAGGGGAAACAAGGUCUUAGAUCCUCUAUGACUUUUUAAAAAUUCUGCACUUUGACAGUGGUGACGAAAUAACAGUAAUCCAAAAGUGAUCUUUUCUCUUGAUGGAGGUGGAUUUUUGUUUUUCCUUUUGAUUCCAACCUUUCUCUCCGUGACAAAGCAUAAAUCAUGGACACCAGAAAAUAAGGUGGACCUCAGGAAUCCUGAAAAGACUGAGAAGCUUACAUUCUUCCUCUGGAGGGAAGGGUGGGGUGUUUUUAGCCCUCUCUGGAACCUAAAACGAAAACAUGAGUUGCGUGCCAUGGAAAGGAGACAAGGCCAAAUCUGAAUCUUUGGAGCUGCCCCAGGCAGCACCCCCACAAAUCUACCAUGAGAAACAGCGCAGGGAGCUUUGUGCCCUGCAUGCCCUCAAUAACGUCUUCCAGGACAGCAAUGCCUUCACCCGGGAAACGCUGCAAGAGAUUUUCCAGAGGUUGUCUCCAAACACCAUGGUGACCCCCCACAAGAAGAGCAUGCUGGGAAAUGGGAACUACGAUGUGAAUGUCAUUAUGGCAGCACUUCAAACCAAAGGCUAUGAAGCUGUCUGGUGGGACAAACGCAGGGAUGUCAGUGCCAUUGCUCUCACGAAUGUCAUGGGCUUCAUCAUGAACCUGCCCUCCAGCCUGUGCUGGGGUCCACUGAAGUUGCCUCUCCAAAGGCAGCACUGGAUCUGUGUCCGAGAGGUGGGCGGUGCCUACUACAACCUCGACUCCAAACUGAAGAUGCCCGAGUGGAUUGGAGGCGAGAGCGAGCUCAGGAAAUUUCUCAAACAUCACUUGCGAGGAAAGAACUGUGAACUCCUGCUGGUGGUGCCGGAAGAGGUGGAGGCCCGUCAGAGUUGGAGGGCCGACGUGUAAUGCAGUGCUACCCAACCUUCCCUCACCUCGGCCCCCCAAGUCCUCUGUCAUGUGCUGUGGCCUCUGCAGUGGGUCUGUCCUUGCCACUUCCCCAAACAUCUCACUAGGUUCCCCCUCAGAUUUGACAGUGCUGUAGGACAGACAGAUGUGUGGGCUGUGACGAGAACCACCACCCAGCAUGACAUGGGACAGGAAGGUAGGAGCUCUGUGGGCUUAGGGUGACCUGUGGAAGACCCUUGUUUUAUUUGAGAGAGGAGAAAGGUGGGUCCUAGCUUAUCUUCACCAUUCCUGCGAGAACUUGACAGAGGCUCUGCUGGAGUGCACUGCUGCUGUGACACCUGAGAUGCUGCCUCCACUUCCCCUUUCCUGAUCUGGAGACACAGUACGUGCGAAGCCCAUGUGACUGGCUGGACGGACCCAGAGCAUGAGGGCCUCUCAGGAAACCAUCUCUAAAACCCCAGCAGUGGUACAGCAUGCCAUCUCCAUCCCUUAAGGCCACCCAUUACCCCCAUUUUUGAGGGUGGUUCCUGGCCGUCCUUCAAGUUUUCUAAUGAAACAUUCUCUAGUAUUCCAUGUCGGAUGGUUGAAUCCUGCAGCAUCCUAGUGUGACAGGGUGAGCUAGAUACCGAAGAGGCCAUGGUGGAAGGCAGACUGGGGCAGGCACAGAGGGCCUGUUGCCUCCCUCCAGCAUUGUCUCUGCCACUUCACUACAUUGAUUUCGGACGCUCUGGAGCACAAGACAGGCCAGAGGGCAGUGUUCCUAGUUGACACACUCUGGCAAAAUCAGGAAACACCUAAGUCUGUUCUCGAUAUCCACUUCCACUAGUUUGAGA